GAACGAAAUAGCAUUAAAGCAAACCUAGUUUGAAAGAAAGAUAAAAGAAGCAAGAAUGGAACUACACAUGAAUGGGAGCGUUGAAGAAGCAAGCUAUGCAAACAACUCCUCACUUCAGCUAAGGGUGAUUUCUUUGACAAAAGCUCUGAGAGAUGAAGCCAUAACAAGUUUGUACUGCAACACACUGUCCAAAAGCUUGGCCAUUGCUGACUUAGGUUGUUCUUCUGGACCAAACACUUUGUUAGUCAUCUCAGAAACUAUCAAGGUUGUGGAAAAUCUUUGUCGAAAAUUUAAUCAGAAAUCUCCGGAAUAUAAAGUCUCUCUUAACGAUUUACCCGGAAACGACUUCAACAGCGUAUUUAAGUCCCUUGACACCUUUAAGGCAAAACUAGUCGAUGAAUUGGAAAUUAAAAUGGGUUCUUGCUACUUCUCUGGGAUUCCUGGUUCAUUUUAUGGCAGGAUUUUCGCAGAUAAAAGUUUGGAUUUUGUUCAUUCCUCUUACUGUCUUCAUUGGCUAUCAAAGGUUCCAGAGGGUGUUGACAACAACAAGGGUAAUAUUUAUUUGUCAACUACAAGCCCUUCAAAUGUCCUCGACGCUUACUACAAGCAAUUUCAAAAAGAUUUUUCUCUUUUUCUCGAGUGUCGCGCACAAGAAAUAGUUGAAGGUGGUCGCAUGAUUCUUACAUUUGUAGGAAGAGAAAAUGAUGAUCCAUCAAACAAAGAGUGUUGUCAAAUUUGGGACCUCAUGACAAUUGCUCUCAAGGACAUGGUCUUGCAGGGAAUCAUUGACGAAGAGAAACUCGAUACUUUCAACAUCCCAAACUACUUUCCUUCUCCAUCUGAAGUGAAUCUUGAAGUUCUCAAGGAAGGAUCAUUUGCAAUCGAUAAACUAGAGAUUUCUGAAGUGAAUUGGAAUGGUCUUGAUAGUUGGGAAGCUUUGGACAUUGGAUCUGAAAUGUCGAAAUCGUUCAAAGACGAAGGAUACAAUAUGGCACAAUGCAUUAGGGCUGUGGCUGAAUCUUUGCUAGCUUGUCACUUUGGUGACAGUGUCAUUGAAGAGAUUUUUGAACGCUAUAAAAACAUUUUAACUGAUCGAAUGUCUAAGGAGAGAACUAAGUUUAUCAAUCAUACCUUAUCGUUGACUAGAAAGCCAUGAGGAAAAAAACAAUUUGGUUGAAGGUUUUGUGAGUUCAAAAUAAAUUUCAAAAGUCUUGAUGUUGGUUAAUUUGCACCAUUUUACUAGCUAGUGAUUAGUUAGUAAAUGUAAUUGAUGCAAAUUAAAAAUAAAUAUUUAGAAGUAUUCAUAAAAGGAUUGUUAAUUAGAUUACUCUGUUAAUUUUAAAAUGGUCUUUUGUUACUAAAUUGUAUUUGCUUGGCUUGUUUUAUAUUUGUUUAUGUUUUUGAGAAUAAAGUUUAUGUCCUCUCAUCUC